AUGGGCUGCGCGCUGUCCUCCCCAGUGGAGCUCAUCCGCGUGCAAAGACAUGGGAGCGCGAACUUCCGCUGCGCGGUGGCCGAGAUGCAGGGCUGGCGAGUGGGCCACGAGGAUGCCCAUGCCAUGCACUGCGAUGGCUCCCGGGCCACGUGCUUUGUGCUGGACGGCCACGGGGGCGAUGGCGCGGCCCUCUUCUCGGCCCCUCAACUCCUGGAGGAGCUGAAGAACACUGACUCCUCCAUGCCCACGGAUCAGCAGUUGGAGCAGGUGUUCUACAAGGUGGACGAGCGACUCCAUUCCUACGUCCAGGAGAACCCGGACAAGGACUCCGGGUCGACGGUGGUGGGAGCUGUCUGCGUAAGAAGCGGGGAUGGCACCUAUUCCGUCAAACUCCUGAACUGCGGUGACUCUCGGGCUGUGAUCGCUCGGGGUCCCAAGGAGGAGGAGGAUUCCUGUGCCAAAGUGCAGAUCCGCCGGCCUCAACACCUUGAGGCGCUUGGUGCCCAGGGCCUCGGCAAUGCCGUCAAAUCGGAGCUCGAAGAGGCGCCUGGUUUGAUCGCCCCAGCGCCACCUGGAGCCCCUGUGUUUCCGGUGGUGAUGGAAACCAUCGACCACAAGCCAGACCACCCCACGGAGAAAUUCCGCAUCGAGGCCGCGGGAGGCUCCGUCACCACCAUGGAGGAUCCGCCGCGGUUGGAUGGCAGCUUGGCCGUGAGCCGUGGCCUGGGAGACUUCGAGUACAAGGGAGAUGGCCAAAGGCUUGCCAGCGAACAGAAAGUAUCCUGCGUCCCGGACAUCUACGAAAUCCCGUCCCUCCAGCCGGGCAGCAUCUGCGUGCUCGCUUGCGACGGAGUUUGGGAUGUCAUGACUGCAGAAGAUGUCGCAGAAUAUGUGCGCGAGGAGGUGUCAAGGGAACCUCCGGUGGACCUCGGGGAUGUGGCUGCGGAGCUGCUGCGCCUGUGCCUGAAGAAGAACAGCCGUGACAACAUGACCUGCAUGAUCCUCCAGCUGGAGGAUGGUACCGACUGGGCCGGCUUCCCGGACGAGAUGCAGAAUUAUGACAAGCUGCUCGAGCGCCACGACCAAGAUGAGGACGUGCAGAGCCACUACUCGACCUUCCUGCAGGUGGCGAAGUUCCCGGCGCAGGCCCUAAGCUGCGAUGUCUGCAAGAGAUGGCUGCUGCAAAUGAACCAGUGUCAGUGCAAACAGGUCUUCUACUGCAGCAGGAUCUGUCAGAAGAAGGGAUGGAAGGCCCACCAAGUCGUCUGCGGUGCGAAGACAGAUUCGGCAGGUACAAAGCAUUGUCGUCCAGCGCAGGACGGCGUGUGA